CAGCUACAUCUCCCCCAAACCGAAACCCUAGUUAGAAGAAGCAGCGCCGCACCAGUGUCACAUCUCUUUCUCCUUAGAUAUCAUUUAUUCCACAGAGAAAAAGAUUGAAGUAGAAGAUGUCGAUUCCUGAACUCGCUUGCACUUAUGCUACUUUGAUCCUCAGCGACGAUGGCAUUCCCAUCACCGGGGAGAAGAUUGCUAAAUUACUUUUAGCAGCGAACGUGAGCGUUGAAUCUUACUGGCCAGGCUUGUUCGCCAAGCUAGCCGAGAAGAGGAGCAUAGAAGACCUUGUGUUGAAUGUCGGGGCUGGUGGCGGUGGCGGUGGCGGUGCUGCUCCGGUAGCUGUUGGUGGUCCAGCCGGUGGAGCCGCUGCUGCUGCCGCGGGCGCCUCUCCUCCUGAGGAAAAGAAGGAAGAACCCAAGGAAGAGAGUGAUGACGAUAUGGGAUUCAGUCUGUUUGAUUAGGUGCUCCUUCAAUAUCAUUUGUUUCUCUUAUUUGCUAAAACUUUGAUUACUUUUACUGGUAUCAGUAGUUGUUUGGUCUUAAAUUUUCCAGAUUAUCUGUUUUUCUAUAUGAUCUACUGGUGGAAGUAGUAGUUUUGUUUUGGUUUAUUGUGGACCAGUUUAUGUUCUAUUUAUGUCCAAUUUUGGUUGAAUCCCUCCUUGUGAUUGCAUUGAUGGAUUUGUAACUCUUGCGUUGGAAGUGGAUCAAGAUUGCAUUAACUUUAAGAUGAUUGAAAUGUUUUGGAAGUGUUCUUCGUUUAUUAAGUGGCCCA